CUCUACUUCCGUUCCAAGUAACUGGCUGCCAGGAAAUUCAGAUAUAUUUGAGAGAAGGAUUGAGUGAAAGCUCGCCCAAAUGUGGAAUUAAAGUGCUCAGAGCAACAGCCCCAAAUGAGCUCGACGUCGCUAAUCGGCCUGUUCGAAGACUACGACAGGAACGGGAGCUGGGGAAUCGAAUACGAGAGGAUACGCAAUGAAUCUGCCCUGAACAGAGAGUUUGAGUUCACAGCCAAGCAUGCCAGGAACCCAGAGAAUAGGAAUAGAAACAGAUACAGAGACGUUAGUCCUUAUGAUCACAGUCGAGUUGUUCUCAAAUCGGGCACCAACGACUACAUCAACGCUAGCCUCGUAGAGGCACCUCAGGCAAACAGGCGGUAUAUACUGACACAGGGUCCACUCCCAAACACCUCAGGUCACUUCUGGCAGAUGGUCUGGGAACAAAACUCCAAGGCCGUCCUUAUGCUGAACAGGGUCAUUGAAAAGGGGACCGUAAAAUGCAGCCAAUAUUUUCCAAUAGGCGAGGAACAAGGCGGCCAAGACGCCAUGAUCUUCAAUGACGUGAACAUCAAAGUGACGUACUGUGGGGAGCAGAGAGCCUCCUACUACACUGUCAGAACGCUGGAGAUUGAACACCUCAUUGAAGGAGCAGUACGGCAGGUCCUUCAGUUUCACUAUACAACGUGGCCCGACUUUGGUGUCCCACAAUCCUCUGCUGCCUUCCUCAACUUUCUUAUCGCAGUUCGCCAGUCUGGGGCCUUGGAGGCAGACGUCGGCCCAGCAGUGAUACACUGUAGUGCUGGGAUUGGACGAUCUGGAACAUUCUGUCUUGUGGACACCUGCUUAGUGCUGAUUGAACAAAGUCGGGACCCAGACAGCGUAGAUGUCCGGUCAGUCUUGCUGGACAUGAGGAAAUACAGAAUGGGCCUCAUCCAGACGGCUGACCAGUUACGCUUCAGCUACAUGGCCAUCAUCGAAGGCGCCAGGAGGAUAAUGGAGGGAACGUUGUACACAAUGUUUGAGGAGGAAUUUGCAGAGCUGAGUCAGGGUUCCGUAUCUGACGAUGACACUCCGCCAGCCCCUCCCAGGCGGCACAGCAGUCUGUCUGCUCAACUUAAAGAGGAUAUAACCCUGAACGGCAGCUACCACUCAGAAGGACUGAUAGCAGACCAAGGCUGGGAAGACAGCGACAGUGAUGACGAGCCUCCGCCACUCCCGCCGCGCAGAAUACGCCCUGUUGAAGAGGCCAAUGCUGUCAGUUCACCAUCCAGUGAGAAAGAAGAUGAACAUUUUCAGAAUACUGGGAUGGAAAAGAAGUCCGAUCCCACAGGAGAUGCUCCUGCAGAGAUCAGACGCAGAAAGAGAGAAGAAAGACUGAAAAGCACUGCAGACCAGAUAGAGCGCAUGAAAAGGAAGCAGCGAGAACACGAACUCAGAAAACAGAGGAGAUCUUGGCUCAAACCCAUAUGUAUUGGCCUAGUGGCCCUUGCAGGGGGAUACCUCCUCUACAGAUACUUCAUUGGCUAUUGACUGCCAGGUUGACAAAUUAUAGGAUGGAGGUUUAAAGCUGGCACUGGUUGGCUGAACGUAAUAGAUCUGGAACAUAUAUAGAAUUUUUAAUGCUUGUUUUAUAUGGUAUGAGUAAAUCUAAUUUCUGGUUCACGUACUCAAAAGUAUAAAAUGAAGAGUGUCAAACUGUGAACUUUGUAAUGAUAAGAUGCUGUAAAGUACUCUAUUUUUAGAUAGGUGGAACCAAGGCUGUUGAUGGUUCUUGCCAGUAUUGAGAAUUGCCAUAUGCUGACCUGGGCCCCAUAACUCAAAAGCAUCGCGUAUUGCGAAUAGCGAUAUCACAUAGAGGCUACAAUGUAUUAUAAGGGGCGAGUUGUGGAAUCGAGACGCUUGCGCUUGGUAGCAAUACGCGAUGCUUUCGAGUUACAGGGCCCUGGAACUCCCACCUCCUUCCUCUCUCCCCUCAUUUCUUUCUGACAUACCAUCAGGAGAACAACAGGAGAAAAUCAUAGAGUGACAACAAUUUUAUAUCUUAGCAUAUAAAACCAAGAUAGUUGUCUUUUGCUCUUAUCCAUAUAUGGCCUAGAAGCCAUUGGCAAAUAUAUGCUGAAAAUGAGACUACCUUUUUUUCUUUUUUUUUUUUUUUUUUUUACAAUUUUAAUUCUAGAUUUGUAUAUUGUAUACCCAUAUACCCACAACCAUUUAAAAAACUGUGAAGUGUUUGUGGUGACAUUAAUGGCAUUGAAUAUGUAGAGGUCAGUCAGUCACUUCACAACUGCUACUUACUUGUCCAGUUUUUACCUCACAAGGUAUGGUGAUAUUUGUGCACCUUAUAUAGCUCAUACAGGUGUGAUGUUGUCCUUGCACACCUGAGAACAGCCAGAAAAUGUUGUAUUCACUGGGAAUGUUGAAUGAAAUUGAAAGAGAUAGUGAGAAAUUAUGGAAAUCAUGGAGGAAUUGCCCCUAG